GACAAACAGGCACCGCAGAGGAAGAAAACAGGUCACCUGACCACCUGGUAAAGCUAACCGUGGUACUAAAUAUCAGCAGACCACGUGACACGACUCGGAAGUGACGCGGGGUGCUCAAAAGAGUUCAGCGAAGCAUCUGGGAUCAAAGCGACGGCAGCAGCUCCGUCUCACCUGACAGCAGAAGCCGAGAGGCGGGACACACGGCCGGCGGGGACAGGUACUCUGUCUUACUGUAUCUGUGACUACGUGACCAUCAUGAAUCCGGUGUACAGCCCUGCACCAGCAGGGGUGCCCUUCACCAACACUAAGGGAAUCGGCUACCCAGCUGGAUUCCCUGUUGGCUACGCAGCAGCUGCUCCAGCGUACACCCCCGGUGUCUACGCCGGAGCGAACCCAGCCUUCACAAGUGGCUACGCUCCGGGUACGCCUUUCAAAAUGUCCUGCUCUCCCAACACGGGGACUGUCCCACCAUACUCCUCCUCACCCAGCCCCUACCCUGCUGCUGUCUACCCUGUCAGGAGCACCUACCCCCAACAGAGCCCAUAUGCACAGGCAUUAAUACCCUCACAACAACAAGGCACGUACUACACACAGCCGCUGUACGCUGCUCCGCCUCACGUUAUUCAUCACACAACGGUGGUCCAGCCCAACGGGAUGCCUGCCGCCAUGUAUGCCCCGCCCAUCCCUCCUCCCCGCCCCAACGGUGUCGCCAUGGGAAUGGUAGCCGGCACCACCAUGGCCAUGUCUGCUGGAACUUUGCUGACAACUCCAUCACCAGCGCCUGUUGCCCCCCACCCAGUGACGAUGCCCACGUACCGGCCCCCCGGCACACCCAGCUACAGCUACGUGCCCCCGCAGUGGUGAAGAGAGGGAAGCGUCAGCAGAUGGUAGAUAUGCAUUCACACUCUACUCCAGUGUUUUCUGCUCUUGGUGAAGACCUGUUCUGCCAGUGUCUGCUACCAGUUACUCUUCUUCCAGCAUAAUGUGAAUCUAAAACCCAGCUACAUAGAAAGAGGCCCAUUCAGACAGGGAGUUGGCGGAGAAUAGGCCCGUCCCCAUGACCCCCUCCUAACAGAGUAAAGCUGCAUCCCACGCCACACCCCAGCGCCAGCACCUCUACAGCCUGCUGCAUAUCUCACAUCGAACAGCAAAGCCUCCAUGCAAACUUUUGUGGACUGUCAUGCAGGUUUUUAUAGCUAAAACUCUUAGGUGGUGAAAAGGGAGUGUUUGGAAUAGUUCUGUUUUUAUUUGAGGAACACAUACGAUGUUGAAUGCAUGUGUAUAUAUAGAUAUAUGAAGUAAUGCUAGCUCGGUCUACCUGCUGUGACAGAUGCAAAAUCAACAAAAGGCACACAUCCAAAGGAACUAAAAAAGUAAUAAUCUGCAAUGCUGAAUCACCACUGACCAUGUCUUAAAUGUGAAAGAAGAAAAGACAACAAAUGUUUGUUCAUGCAGAAACAUACCUGCACAGUCCAGUGCAGACUAAACUCUACUGUUUUCACUGCUGUGUUUUGUUAAGCGAUGCUAGUUUUUUAUGAUUUCUUUCAGUGAUGCAGUGUGUGCGUUAUGUCUUACCGUUUUUGUAUUUUAGGAGAACGAUGGGAUUUGAGUUUGUGCCUCUGACUGACGGCCAUUCCAACACUUAGUCACUGUAAGUGUUUUACUUUCCUGCUCUGCUGCACGUUUUAGGAAAGAGGAUCAGCUUUUCCCAAAAGUCUGAAGCAGCUUUUCUUUCCUGCCUGAAACACGACCGGGUGAUUUCAGUGUUUAAAUUAUUCACUUAUUACAAGUAUUCCUCAUGGGGAGCAAAGUUCAUUUUCCCCCAUUGACUGAGCAUGUGUGUGUGUGUGUGUGUGUGUGUGUGUGUGCGCAUCUGUGAAAGAGGACUAAAAUAAAAACCGUUAAAAUGGUUCCAUACAGCGCGACAUGCUUUGAGUUUUCGACCUCCAUGUCUCGGUGAUCGGUUUGUCCUUAGCCCUGCAGCCCUGUGUCAUCAAACCACUGCUAACUGUGGACGAGGCAGGACACCGGGACAUGGUUAGACUCCAUUUGUGAAUAGCACCACUGAGAGAAGGCACUAAUUCAAAAGAGUUUGUAGAGAACUGACCCUUUGACAUCGCUCGCUGUUUUACCUCAAGGCUCCAGGCUAACCCACCAGUGUCACUGUUUCAGCUUUUCUAUGUUGCCUCAGUCACCUCAGUUAAAUAAUCUGUUUUGUAAAUGUUAUUUUUGUGACUUUGGUUCUUGUUUUGUAUUCUAAAGAAAGACCAAAAAUAAAAACCAGUAU